ACGAUUCCAGUUUUCUUCUCUCCUUUACUCCGGUUUUUGUUUUUAGGUUUCAUUUAUGUCGGGCGGCGCUAAAGCCUCACCCCGCCCGGCUGCGACGGCGCCGCCAUCAGGACCGAUCUUGCCUCCUUUAGCGCGGCACCUUGCGUUUGCUACGAUGAAGCCUCCGUUUCUUCCUCCUGAUGAUUAUCACCGAUUUUCUUCUCCGAGUACUAGUAGAGUCGCCGCAGAUCGGGAUGCUGAGGCUAUUGUUGUGAGAUCUCCUAAAUUAAAACGGAAGAGUGGAUUGGCUGAUAAUGGAGUCAGCUCCAGCAAUCAUGUUAGUAGCCCUGGAUGCAUUAAUAUAUCUAAUAGUCCCUUCAGGACACCUGCAUCAGCAAAAGGAGGUAGGGCACACAACAAUUCCAAGACCUCAAAGGGCAAUGGAGCUGGGCCUCAAACCCCAGUGUCGAAGGCUGAUUGCUCUUCUCCUCUUACUCCAGCUGGCAGCUGUCGUUAUGAUAGUUCGCUCGGUCUUUUGACAAAAAGGUUUGUUGAUCUAUUUAAAAAUGCCCAUGAUGGAAUUCUUGACCUAAACAAUGCAGCCGAAACCUUGGAGGUACAGAAGAGGCGGAUAUAUGAUAUAACAAAUGUCUUGGAAGGAAUUGGUCUCAUAGAAAAGACACUCAAGAAUAGAAUACGCUGGAAGGGCAUUGAUGCUUCAAGGCCAAGGCAGGUAGAAGGUGAUGCAACUUUAUUACAGGAAGAAAUUGAAAAGCUUACUAUGGAAGAGCACAAACUAGAUGAUCAAAUUAGAGAAAUGCAGGAACGAUUGAGAGAUAUGAGUGAACAAGAGAACAAUCAGAAGUGGCUUUUUGUGACUGAAGAAGAUAUCAAGAGUCUACCUUGUUUCCUGAAUGAAACCCUUAUAGCAAUUAAAGCUCCCCAUGGAACUACUCUAGAAGUCCUUGAUCCUGAUGAGGCUGUUGACUGUCAACAGAGGAGAUACAGGAUAAUCCUGAGAAGCUCCAUGGGUCCUAUUGAUGUCUACCUUGUGAGUCAAUUUGAGGAGAUGAAUAGUGUUGAUGCGUCUGCUUUUCCUCACGCUUCUAGUUCAGCAUCCCAUGGAAAUCCAGUGACAGAGAUGACCACUGGUGUAAGAACUGAGAAAAGAGCUGAUCCUCUGGCACAACAGGUUCCAACUACAUUCUCUGAUCCUAAUGCUACUCAGGAUUUAGGGGGAAUGAUGAAGAUCGUUCCUUCUGAUAUAAAUAACGAUUCAGAUUACUGGCUUCUUUCAGAUGCAGACAUAAGCAUUACAGAUAUGUGGAAGACAGACUCAGCAAAUAUAGAAUGGACCGACUUUGGAGUGGCCGAUGUCCCAACACCUAGGACACAAACUCUAUAGCCUGGGAUUAUUGAAGUGCCAACUGGUGUGCAAGCUCUAUUCUGAGGUAAAUAUUGAUUUAUCCAAUGUGCCAAGCGAAAUCCUUUUUCUACACCUAUCUGCGCCCUAUGCUCCUCAAAUACUCAAAAUGCCAAUGAGUGGGCCGAAGAAAAACAAACCAGGAAAGUGUUAGAAGCUGACAAAUGACAAUCCAUGGUUAAUGCUAUAUGGUAGAAAUUGAUAUUUGUGGUCAUUUGAAAGCAAAUUAAAGGGAAAAGAAAAGGAGGAAGUUUUGUUUGAAAUGGUGGACAUUCUGGAUGGAACUGAGUCUGGGUGUAUCUUAUGAUGCGAGGGCAUACACAACAUAGUUAAAGUACGUUUAUUAUUUCAUCAUACAUGUACAUGUUGCUAUCGUUGGUGCUUUAGUUUGUUUAGCGAUGGAAUGCAACAGAUCUUAGUGGCAUGCUCUAACAAUGUUGUGCGGGAACCAGUAUAACUUUGGGGCAGCAUUGGUUCCCGGCCUAGAAUCAGUAACAUUAUUUUAAUUUUCUGGUCCCAAGUUGUAAACGUUAGUUUCCAUAUUUCCUUGGAUGGAAGCAUGCUGCUUUUGUGGC